AUGAACGGAGAGGAGGAGUUCUUCGAUGCCGUCACAGGCUUUGAUUCUGAUAACUCUUCUGGGGAAUUUUCAGAGGCAAAUCAGAGAGUCACUGGCGUGAUUCAUGUGGACACCAGCAAAAGUAAUGGGAUUGGAAAAGUUGGGGAGAGGCCUCCUCAAGAGAAUGGAAUUCAAAAGCACAGGACGUCGUUGCCUGCUCCGAUGUUUACCAGAAGUGAUUUCAGCGUGUGGAGUAUAUUGAAAAAGUGCAUUGGCUUGGAGCUGUCCAAGAUCACGAUGCCCAUCGCCUUCAACGAGCCUCUGAGUUUCCUGCAACGAAUCACGGAGUAUAUGGAGCACGUGUACCUCAUCCACAAAGCCUCCUGCCAGCCCCAGCCCCUGGAAAGGAUGCAGUCUGUAGCGGCCUUUGCGGUUUCGGCUGUGGCUUCCCAGUGGGAGAGGACCGGCAAGCCGUUCAAUCCGCUCUUGGGGGAAACGUACGAGUUAACCAGGGAAGACUUAGGGUUCAGAUUCAUAUCCGAGCAGGUCAGCCACCACCCCCCCAUCAGUGCAUUUUACUCGGAGGGCCUCCAUCAGGACUUCCUGUUUCACGGCUCCAUCUACCCGAAGCUCAAGUUCUGGGGGAAGAGCGUGGAGGCGGAACCGCGUGGCACCAUCACUCUGGAGCUUCUCAAACAUAAUGAAGCCUACACGUGGACCAACCCUACCUGCUGUGUCCACAACGUGAUUAUCGGGAAGCUCUGGAUAGAGCAGUACGGGACGGUGGAGAUUGUAAACCACAGAACUGGAGAUAAGUGUGUGCUUCACUUUAAACCGUGUGGAUUGUUCGGAAAAGAGCUUCACAAAGUGGAAGGGUACAUUCAAGACAAAAACAAAAAGAAGCUCUUUGUGAUCUAUGGCAAAUGGACGGAGUGUUUGUGGGGCCUGGACCCUGCUGCGUACGAGUCCUUCAAGAAGCGGGAGAGGAGAACCGAUUCCCUGCGGAAGACAAAGCUGGACGACUGCCCCGAGAAGGCCGACGGCGACGUGGUGGACGCCGUGCCGGAGGCUCAGGAGACGGUGCAGGUCAUUCCGGGCAGCAAGCUACUCUGGAGGGUCAACACCCGGCCCCCCAACUCUGCCCAGAUGUAUAAUUUCACGAGCUUCACGGCUAGUCUCAACGAGCUGGAGGCGGGCAUGGAGGAGAUCCUGGCCCCCACCGACUGCCGGCUGCGCCCUGACAUCCGAGGCAUGGAAAACGGCAACAUGGAUCUGGCGAGCCAGGAGAAGGAGCGGCUGGAAGAGAAGCAGAGGGAGGCCCGGAGGGCACGGGCCAGGGAAGAGGCCGAGUGGCAGACGAGGUGGUUUCACCGAGGCAGUAACCCGUACACUGGGACCCCCGACUGGCUGUACGUGGGGGGCUACUUUGAGAGGGAUUUCUCAGGCUGCCCAGACAUCUACUGA